CCAACGAACAUAGCUAGUCGUGAUUUUGAAUUCGAAGGAGUAGCAAGUGCAGCAAGUUGACCUUUCCAUUUUUGUUUUUGUCUGCUCGGAGUGAUUGACGUGAAAUAGGCCAAAGUUAUCAGGAUUCAUUGACCGAUUUUUGUUGUUAUUGAUAAAAGUGAGAGUUUCCAAGUACGAAGGAGAUCAACAUGAGGAUUAUUGUGGAAGAGCAUCCCAACGUUUUGGACGUUUCCGAACUGCUCCGACCGGAGAAGACCUUCGCCGACAAGGAUGUGUCCAAGUUCCGCGACUACACGGUGGACGACAAUGAUCCGCUCAAAGAGCGCGUUCGCAGGACCUACAAGCUGAUGCAUACCCAUCAAACGGUCGACUUCGUCAAAGGUCGUCAUGAAGAGUGGCUGAAGUUCGAUCACCUCAAGGUCAACAUCCGGGAUGCGCUGGAAAAGUUGAACGACCUGGUCGACGAAUCCGAUCCGGACACGGACCUGCCGAACAUUGUGCAUGCCUUCCAGACGGCGGAACGUGCCCGAGAAGAGUACCCGGAAUGGGACUGGUUGCACCUGACGGGUCUGAUUCACGACCUCGGCAAGGUUAUGGCAUUCUACGGCGAACCACAGUGGGCCGUCGUGGGAGAUACCUUUCCGGUGGGGUGCGAAUGGGGGCCGAGCAUUGUUUACCGGGAGGACAGCUUCGUCGAUAAUGUCGAUGGAACGAACCCAAAGUACAAUACCAAGUGCGGAAUGUACAAGCCAAAGUGUGGACUGGAAAACCUGACCAUGUCGUGGGGCCACGACGAGUACCUCUACCGGGUGCUGAAGCACAACAAGAGCACGCUGCCGAAACAGGCACUGUACAUGAUCCGUUAUCACUCUUUCUAUCCUUGGCAUUCGGGUGGAGAUUAUGGCCACCUCACCCUGGAGAAGGACGAGAAAAUCAAGAACUGGGUGCUGUUGUUCAACCGGUAUGAUUUGUAUACCAAGAGUACGACGAAGCCGGAUAUUGAUGCCCUGUGGCCCUACUAUCAAGGAUUGAUCGAUAAGUAUUGUCCGGGAGAACUGGAGUGGUGAGAAGUGUUUGGAAAGAUGCAUCUUAUUGAUUAUUGUUAUUGGAAACCGAUCUGUACUCAA